GAUGGGAAGAAACCACGUAGCUUUUUGGCUUUUGUAAAAUUUGAACCUACACUUCAGUUGCUUCAGGGAAGUCACACUGGUUCAGCCAAGUCAUACGAAAUCAUUCUUCAUCUUUCCGAUAUCAAGCUCUAUCAAAGAUUAGAUCGUGCUAUAUCAGAUGUGCUUACUCAUUUUAAGAACGAGUUUGAAAAUCAAUAUCGCACUAUAAUUGAACUUACAACUCUCAAAUUGCAAAGCAUCAUGACUCCACAGAUGUUAGAGGUAUGUGUGGAUGUGACAUUAGUGAUUGAUCACCAUUGCGAUGGUGGAAUUUUGUUAGCAAUGGAAGAAUCAUCCACAAUUAAUAAAUCAUCAAUAGAGUUGCUAGAGCCAAUUGAAAAUGAUGAAAGAAAUAACAACGAUGAAUGUUUGGUAUGUCUAGAUGAGAUAGGGGAUGAAACUCAAGUACUGCGUUUGCCUUGCUCUCAUAUGUUUCAUGGAGAUUGCAUUACAAAGUGGUUAGAGAAUAGCCAUUACUGUCCGCUUUGCCGCUUUCAGAUGCCCACAGAUUAGACAAGGCUACAUAAAGGAUCAGCAAUCUAAUGCCAAAACUAUAACUAGGAGACAUAUAAUUAAUUUUUGAUUGUAUAAGUAAAGUGUUUUUC